UUUAGAGAGAGAAAGAGUAAAGAAAGUGAUGAAUGAUGCAGCAGCGCUGGGUCGGAGCCUGAACUGAAUCCUCCGCUGACCCUGUCUGUCAUUGCUUUUGCCAUACACUUUUCUUCUCUUAUCAUGAACCUUAUUAUUUUAAUAUUAUUUUGGAACAAGUUCUGGUCUUCCUCUUGUUUCAAACAAAGAAAGGAAAUGAAAUAAAAAAAAAAAACAAAGAAAGAAAGGAAAGGGGUCAUUAUAAAAAAACAAAAAAUGAAGACAAAGGAAAGGGUUGGCCAAUGGCCAGUUGGGUGUUGUGUUUUUCUUUCAUCAUCGAUCGAAUUCGAAGCAAAUGGAAGCGCACGCGAUCGUCGUCCUCUGGUAAUCACUCCUGUCCUUGUUCAACUUCCUUGUUGAUUUACAAAAAUAAAGUUAAAAUUCAUGGCUGUUUUCAUUGUUUGGUGGGUAAUGGCUGUGGGACCCGCCGGAGGCAGAGCACGGGCUCUGUUUCUGCGACGAGGAGGAAAGAGGAAGAAGAUGAUGAGAGUGAAAUUGAUGAAUGAGUGAAGGAAGAAAGGAGACAAAGACCAGAGCAGAGCACCAUUCUCACACCGUUUGAUGAAUCUGCGUCUCGAGAUUGGCGCCUCCGCUGCUCUUCUAUUCUCUUGAGUCUUCUUUUCUUGCCUGCAUGUAUCUUUGUGAUCAAACAAACAGAGGAACCUAUUUUUCUUGUUGUGACUCGCUCUAUGUGUGUUUUGUUUAAGUUAACGCAGCUCCAGUUGAUAUUUUUCUUCUUGUGAGUGAGAGUGAGAGUGACUCGGUCUCUGUUUCGUUCGUUUGUUGUUGUUGAAGAAUUGGGAGUGAUGGAAUCAGAUGCAUGGAGGUGCAGGAGAACAGAUGGGAAGAAGUGGAGGUGCGGGAUGAGUGUGGUUGCUGGCCAGAAAUACUGCCACCGCCAUAUGCACAGAGGCCGCCUCCGUUCAAGAAAGCCUGUGGAACCCGCUGCCAUUGCCCUUGAGAGAGAGAGACCAGCUCAGACUUCAGCGGACCUCCAUCCUUCCUCCUCCAAAAAUGCCCUCUUCCCCGCCCCAACCCUAACCCAGAACGCCGCUACGGAUGCCCUUAAAAGAAGCAGCGCCCUUCCAGCUACUCUAACCACGGAUUUGUGCCCCACGCCCGCCGCUGCUCCUCCUGGCAACAACAACAAUGUGCUUCAGCCUCAUGGCCUAGAUUUCUCCCCAAAGAGUGUCCUUUCAGUUGAGCGGUGCUUCCAUGGAGUCAUCGACGAGGCAGAGGCAGAGGCAGGGGCAGGGAGGUGCAGGAGAACGGAUGGGAAGAAGUGGCGCUGCCGCCGCCAUGUGCUCCCCAGCCACAAGUAUUGCGAGAGGCAUUUGCACAGGGGAGCUAAACCACGCCCUCAAACUUACCCACAACCACCUAAACUGCCCACCAUUGCCACUCACACCGCUGCACCGCCGGUCAUUAAUACCACUACUUCCACUACCAGCAGUGACGCCACCAUUAGCGACGACGCCACCUUCAUUGCCAGUAGUGCAAAUUCCAGAAACUAGCUAACUAUUCCAACACAGGCCGUUUUCAAGUCUGUGUUGAGACUUCUGGUAUGAUAUGCUCUAAGUACUUAGUGUUUGACAAGUUGAAGGUUUCUGCUACAAGGAAACAACUGAUUGACUGAUAUUUUGAUCGGAGCAGCAAACAAGUAGCGCGUGCAUUCAGAGCUUAGUUACUACUGUACGAGAAUCGCAAUUCUUAUGUGCUUAACUGAUCCUCCGUUAUAUGCCCAUGCUAUUUCUGCGGCUUGUUUACUCUCUUCAAGGAUUUCCCCCCACUCUUCAAGGAUUUCCCCCCAAAAGCCACCCUUACAAACACAAGGGGGAAACAAAAACAUAGCCUCGCCCACAAAGCAGACCAUGAAGAAACAGCUCAAAUUUACGCCACCAAGUGAGGGAAGCUCACUCCCAUGGUGCCUUCUAUGAUAAUCUUCACUAGUUUCGCGACGAAUCUUUUAGCUCAUACGUAGUAAAGGGAUAAAUGAGAAUAUACUUCGACAAUCAGU